AUCGCUCAGAGAUACAUUUAGGUGCCGAGCGACGCAUGCUUUAAAUGCUUCUGAUAAAUUCCCGUGAUAGUCCGAGAUACGGAUGUAACUGAAACUUUUUCACCAACCUAAAAACUCCAAGGACGAUAGUGAGGAAUGAAGUGGCUGGAAAGAUCACGAGCUAACGCGGUUCACCCACUCGCCAUCUCCUCGGACAGCCAUUCAUUAUUUCGACGCUAUUCUACAGAUAAUAAUAAAAACAAGACGGAUGUUUUUUGCCCGGAUCAGAACUGGAAGUCGGUAUUUGAUUUAUGCACGGUGUCUUCUGCGUGAGUCAUUCUUCACUUUUGAUCCGUACCGUUUUAUAAAAAAGAAAAAAAAAAUUGCCUCCAACCUCUUAACGCGCUACUAAAAACCUGUUUCCAUGGGAAACGUCGAACCUUUUAACAAAUGUAUUAUCCGUAUCCGUUAUUUAGCUUAAAUUAGCAAGCAUUAUUUUUGACAAGCAAAUUCAAUUGAGCAUAAGAAGAGACACGUGUAAUUGCCGGAGGAUAAAAUGGAUAGACGAUAGACGUUAAACUCGAUAUACGACUUUAGGUAAAGAAACGAUGUCUCGUGUGAUUCACGCGACGUGUCUGUCUGCUGGCUGCUCACAACGAAGCCCGUGACCUAUCAAUAGCUUCUCAUAUACGCUGAAGAGGGACUGUCAUUCCACCGAAGACUAAAAAUAGAGUUCGCGCGUCCGUCCAUAAGUCGCUGGGUCCGAGGCUGGUCUCUACCAGCGUUCACUUUCCUUUUCUCUUUUUCAAUCGCGUUUUAUGUUUCCUCUUCGUUUCCACUCUUCCGUACCAGGCUAAUCUUCACUUUUUCCCCCAAACCACUAUUUAUAGUUAUAUUCUCCUGCCUCUUCCUACCGUCAAUACUUCGAUAGAUAGAUUCUGGUACACGUUGUCUCUAUAACUUCAACUCGAUAAAUUUUCUCAAGUGGCAAAAGAGAUUUCGAAUGCUUUCUUAGGGUUUAAUUAAAUGAAACAAACGGAACCUUUGAGGUUAUGAUUCGAAACGAUGGACGAUUUUACGCGAAUAUUUUUCUACGCGCGAAAAUUUACAAAUAAUAUAUAAUAUUUGAUAAAUAAUAAUUGUGAUAUUUGGACAGCUUUUAAUUAGAGAAGAAAUUAAUAUAAAAUCAAUUAUCGCAGAACUUUUAUAUCAGUGAUGGAGAGCUGCUAGCUGAUGUUGCUCUAGCUGCCGGCCUUUGA